UGCAUUUAAAAGCCAAAGUACUAACUACCAAGAGACACAGAGUGAGAGAGAGAGAGAGAGAGAGAGAGAGAGAGAGAGAGAGAGAGCUGGCACAGAGCAAAUGGCUCUGGAAGCCGUCGUUUUCCCUCAAGAUCCAUUUAGUUGCACUAACAAAGACCUCUACAACUUGUUAGGAGGAAAUUUGAGCUAUGUCGAUGAUCAGCAGCAAGCCUCUCUUGAUUUUCUCGGCUACCAAACAGACCAGAAUUACCCUAACUAUGAUACUUAUUCCUCACCGCCUUCAAUGGUAUCGCACUUCAACGAAUUGCACCUCUCCAAUCCAAACCCAGUUGCCAGCACUAUAAACCCUGAUGGUGAUCAACCCGAAUUUCAACUACCAUUGGAGGACACAAUCAACGUAUCUAGCAGUACUCGUGCGAAACGACGUCGUGCCAAGAGUAAAAAGAACGAGGAGGAGAUUGAGAACCAGAGAAUGACUCACAUUGCGGUUGAGCGCAACAGAAGAAAACAGAUGAAUGAGUAUCUCUCCGUUCUUCGAUCUAUAAUGCCCGAGUCGUACGUCCAAAGGGGUGAUCAAGCAUCAAUCAUUGGGGGUGCGAUUAACUUUGUGAAGGAGCUAGAGCAAGAAGUGCAAUUCCUUGGCGUUCAAAAGCCAAAUAAUUGUGCGCCUUUUUCCGAAUUCUUUACCUUCCCACAGUACUCAACAAGGUCUACUAGUGAUCAUGAGUCAACGGUGGCCGCCAUGGCGGAGCUGCCGCUGCUCGAGUGCAGGUCGAGCAAUAUCGCAGCUGACAUAGAAGUGACAAUGGUGGAGAGCCAUGCAAGCCUCAAAGUAAGAUCCAAAAGGCUCCCAAAGCAGCUCUUGAAAAUUGUUUCUGGGUUGCAUGAUAUGCACCUCACCGUUCUCCAUCUCAAUGUUGUCACCGCUGAUGAUAUUGUGCUCUAUUCUCUCAGCCUCAAGGUUGAAGAUGAGUGCAUGCUGACUUCAGUGGAUGAAAUUGCAACCGCAGUCCAUGAGAUGCUAGCUAGGAUUCAAGAAGAAGCAAUGCUGGACUUGAACUGAUCAUCAAAACCUCGCUUUUAAUUAUCAAUUGCCUUUUUUUCUUUCUAAAUUUAAUUAUACCCUAUGAUGUGAUAGACUCAUACUUGGGUGUUUCUUCUCUGGUUGUAGACUGCUACCAAGUCAUUCGGUUAAUGUUUUCCUUAAUUCCAGUUUAAGAAACUCUUUUCUUUAGAUAUAAUAGACUAAGAGUGAGUCUUCUCUCUCAUUUCAUCUUUUCUCUUUUGUCAGUUUUUCUUUUUAAAUUUUUAGAACAUCAAUCCUCGCAACUUUUUAGGUCAUAAAUUGUUAAAGAAUGUUGACGAUUAAAAAUAAAUUGUGUACAGAACUUGGAAAAA